UCAAAAAUCAUCAUGCGUGCGAACGAGCGGAUCGCCCUUGUAGGCGAGAAAUGCGUCCUGGUGCCGUAUCUCAAACGCCAUGUGGAGCACUAUAAUAAAUGGAUGCAGUCGCCCGAGUUGUUGGAGAUGACCGCCUCGGAGCCAUUGACGCUGGAAGAAGAGUACGAGAUGCAAGAGUCGUGGCGAGUGGAUGAGAACAAAUGCACGUUUAUUAUAUUGUCAAGAGAGAGUCCCAACCAAGAGAUCACCAGGACGAAUGCUCUUGCUCAAAAGAUGGUCGGAGAUGUCAAUUUGUUUUUUAACGAUCAUGACGACCCCCGUUCGGCCGAGAUUGAGAUCAUGGUUGCAGAGCCUAGUUAUAGACGAAAGGGAAUGGGCUUGGAGGCGCUCCGGAUGAUGAUGGUCUACGCACAACAAUCUCUUGGCACAAGACGCAUCACCGCCAAGGUCUCGACCGAGAACAAGGGCUCGAUCCAGCUGUUUCUCACCCAGCUCGGUUUUGUCCAAAUUUCGUACUCUCAGGUCUUUGGCGAGGUCACUCUUGAACGCGUCCUGUCCCCCCAGUCCCCCUCAGCCGCCUCCGAUAAUACUGAUGUUGGCAAAAACACGAUACUGGAACAGUUUGUUACCAUUCAACUGGACGAGGACCAGCUUGACCAUUAAGCAGAGAGAGAGAAUAAACAUACUGCAGACAUGUAUAUGUACACUUACACGCCAAAUAGAUCGCCAAAUAG